AUUCUCUGUGUCUGCUGCUCUCUCUCUCGUGCCGUUUUCUAAAACCCUAGCAAAAAGCUUUUUGUAGAAGAACCCCAAAAAAACCACUUUGAAGUUCUCUUUCUCUAAUCUCAAAAGCACAGAGAUUUGAAUCAAACCUAAUUUUGCUGGUGCAAUCUCUCAGAACCCCUCUUCAUAUGCUUUGAUUGAAAAAACCAACAACAAUGUCAAAGACAAAGCCAUUGAGUAAAUCAUCUCAGGACUUGAGUCUACUCACAUCCGACAUCGCAUCGUUCGCUUCGUCUAUUGGUUUAGCUUCAUCUCUUCCUUCUUCAGGUUUCAACGACACUGAUUUCAGAAAGCCUCUUAAACCCAAAUCCCAGAGAAAGAGAAAACCUAAGAAGGACGCUUCCGCCGAUCAUAUUAAGGCUAAAGAAGAAGAAGGAGGAGAUACAACAACAAGGAACCCUAAAUCGAACACUGGAAAUGAAAAGGGCAAGAAUCCAAACAAAGAUGCGGCGGCGAAACAAACCAUACAGCCGAAGCCAAAGCCUGGAUUUUUAUCUAUUGAGGAUGAUACUACUGGGGUUAAGGCCAAACGUUUCGAUGAAUUCAAGGGUUUGCCUAAGUUGCCAUUGGUGAAAGCGAGUUUAUUGAGCUCUGAAUGGUACAAUGAUGCGGCGGAGCUGGAGGAGAAGGUCUUUGGUGGCCGUAGUAAAGUGGCGGUGGCGAAUAAGGAGGAUUUUAAUGGUGUGGUGGAGAAGAAGAGAGAAUUAGGAGAGAGGUUGAUGUGGCAAUACGCAGAGGACUUUGUAACUUCGAAAGGAAAAGGUGGAGAUAUGAAGAUGGUGAUGUCUGCUCAAAAGUCAGGGACAGUUGCUGAUAAAAUCACUGCCUUUGAGAUUAUGGUUGGAGAGAAUCCCAUUGCAAAUAUGAGGUCUCUUGAUGCCUUAUUGGGAAUGGUGACUUCAAAGGUUGGAAAAAGAUUUGCAUUUAGGGGUCUUAAGGCUCUGUCAGAAAUUUUGAUCAGGUUAUUACCUGAUCGCAAGCUGAAGACACUUUUACAACGACCCUUAAACAGCAUUCCGGAAAAUAAGGAUGGUUACUCGCUUUUGCUGUUUUGGUACUGGGAGGAAUGCUUGAAACAGAGGUAUGAGCGAUUUGUCAACGCCCUUGAUGAAUCAUCUAAAGAUAUGCUCCCAGAGCUUAAAGACAAGGCUUUAAAGACGAUAUUUUUCAUGUUGACAAGCAAAUCAGAACAAGAGCGGAAAUUGCUAGUGUCAUUGGUGAACAAGUUGGGGGAUCCUCAAAACAAGAGUGCAUCUAAUGCUGAUUAUCACCUAACAAAUCUUUUGGCUGAUCAUCCUAAUAUGAAGGCUGUGGUGAUUGAUGAAGUUGACUCCUUUCUCUUCCGACCUCAUCUUGGGUUGCGUGCAAAAUAUCAUGGGGUUAACUUUUUGAGUCAGAUUCGAUUGAGCCACAAAGGAGAUGAUCCAAAGGUGGCAAAACGCCUAAUUGAUGUAUAUUUUGCCCUAUUCAAGGUUUUAACCACUGAAGCAACUAGAAAACAAGGCGGAGAUGAUAAAGGAGUCGCUAAUAAGAAAAAUGCCAACCCAAAGGACACUAAACAAGAGACACCAUCUGAUUCACCUGUUGAAUUGGAUUCCAGGAUUUUAUCAGCUUUACUAACUGGAGUUAACAGAGCUUUUCCAUAUGUUUCCACCGACGAGGCCGAUGAUAUUAUUGAAUCUCAGACGCCGGUGCUUUUUAAACUGGUACACUCGAAGAAUUUCAAUGUGGGAGUUCAAUCACUUAUGCUUCUUGACAAGAUCUCAUCCAAGAAUAAGAUUGUCAGUGACAGGUUUUACCGUGCUUUGUACUCGAAACUUCUACUUCCCUCUGCAAUGAACUCUUCUAAGGCUGAAAUGUUUAUUGGACUUCUUCUCAGAGCCAUGAAAAAUGAUAUAAAUGUGAAGCGUGUGGCUGCCUUCGCCAAAAGAAUCUUGCAGGUUGCACUUCAACAGCCACCACAGUAUGCCUGUGCAUGCCUUUUCCUUUUGUCUGAAGUGUUAAAAGCAAGACCACCUCUAUGGAAGAUGGUGGUCCAGAGUGAAUCAGUUGAGGAAGAAGAAGAUGUAGAACAUUUUGAGGAUGUGAUAGAGGGAGAUGAUAUUGUUCCCAUUAAUGUAGCAGAGAAUGACAAGAGUAAUGUUCAAGUUGAUCAUGAUGGUGGUGAAAUUACAGGUAGAGAUGGUGAUUCUUCUUCAGAUGACGAAGAGGCUUUGGCAGCCAGGCAAUCUGAUGAAGAGGAUGAUUAUGCUUCUGAUGAUUCUGAAGAGCUGUUUAUAGAAGAAACUCCCCAUGAGCUUCAAAAAACCAUGGAGGUUUCUAAUGACAUGGAAAAAAGAAGCCAACCACCAAAGAAAUCAAGUUUUCUUCCUGGAGGAUAUGAUCCUCGUCAUAGAGAACCUUCUUACUGUAACGCAGACCGUGCGAGUUGGUGGGAGUUGGUGGUUCUUUCAAAACAUGCUCACCCCUCGGUUGCUACAAUGGCCGGAACCCUUCUCUCAGGAACAAAUAUUAUUUACAACGGAAACCCGUUGAUCGAUUUAUCUCUCAGUGCUUUCUUGGAUAAAUUCAUGGAGAAGAAAGCAAAGCAAAACACUUGGCAUGGUGGCUCCCAGAUCGAACCUUCCAAGAAGCUUGACAUGUCAAACCGUGUGAUUGGAGCUGAGAUUCUCUCGUUAGAAGAAGGAGACGUGGCCCCUGAAGAUCUAGUCUUCCACAAGUUCUAUGUGAACAAGAUGAACAGUACGAAACAAUCAAAGAGAAAGAAGAAGAAGAAGCUACCCGAAGAAGAAGCUGCCGAAGAACUUUACGAUGUGAAUGACGGUGAUGGUGGAGAAAACUAUGGUAGUGAUGUUGAACUCGAUGGUGGUGAUGAGAGUGACAAUGAUGAGAUUGAGAAUAUGUUGGAUGAUGUUGAUGAUAAUGCUGUGGAAGAAGAGGGCAGUGAGUAUGAUUAUGAUGAUCUCGAUAGAGUAGCAGGAGUCGAUGAGGAAGAGCUUGUGGCUGAUGUGAGUGAUGCAGAGAUGGACUCAGAUAUGGACAUGGACAUGCUUGAUGGUGAAGAAGAUGUUGAAGACGAUGUUGAUGAUAGUGGUGAUAAUGAUGAUAGUGAUGGUGAUGAUGGUCGUGGUAAGAAGAAAAAGCAAGAGAAAAGAAAACGGAAAUCUCCAUUUGCGAGUCUUGAAGAAUACGAGCAUUUGAUAGACCAAGACGAGAAGGAUGAUUCGAAGUCUAAAAGGAAAGUAGCAUCAGAGCCCACAAAGAAGAAGAAAAAGAAGAAGACUCCUUGUGCAUCAGAGUAAAAAAGUUUAAAGUAAGAAGCAAGACUUGUUUGAGUGUUACGCCAGGCUCCUUGUGCUUGCGAGUGUUAUACUGAAACGCUGGAGAUAAUUUACUCCUAUAUUUUUGUGGCCUUUUUUUCUGAAAAACAAAUAUUGUACGAUUAUGUUUUAAUUUAAUCACUUGAGUUGAGACUUGAAA